AUGGCCGACCACAAUACAACCUACAAGCGCAAGGUUCCGCUAAAUCUGCCUGAGCCGCCUAGAAAGAAGGGAAAACUCGCUUUCGAAGAGUGCGCUCUGUGCUGCACCGAAGUCCUCAUCAGUCAUUUCGCUGAACGACCACACGCGAGCGCCACAAACGAGUGCAGAACAUGUUUCAAGUGCUGGGGCAAACACUUCCGUCACCAGCUGACUGUGAAGGAUUGGGACGAGCUAAGCUGCCUUCAAUGUGGCACAAUCCUUACACUCGAAGAAUACGAUGAGAUCUCUUCCGGCAUCAAAGACAAAGACGAAAUCAGCACGACCUUCCAGAGAAAAGCCACCGAAAGCUACCUACGCCAGGACUUAGGCGAUGGCGAGUGCUUCGUCACUUGCCCGUCGUCCACCUGCAAAGGUGGUGCCAUCAUGGCAGACGGCCAUAUCUUCACCUGUCCCGAUUGCAAGGCUCGAUACUGCUUCGAUUGCGAAGCUCCGAUGCACGAAAACAUGUCCUGCGAGGAAUUCCUGGAAAUGCCAAAGAAGCGGAAUAAGGAGAAGGCAGAAGAGGAAAUCCUCGCUGCUGCGACACUCAAGAAGCAUUCGAAGGAGUGUCCGAAGUGCAAAGCUCGCUUGCAAAAGAUCAGCGGCUGCGAUCACUUCACCUGCACGAUGUGCAACCACGAGUUCUGCUGGUUGUGCUUUGCUCCGUACAGAGGCGCAGAUGCUGUCAGUACUAUUCGGGCGGGCCAGUGGAGUCACCUCGUAUACCAGUACAACGAGCUCGUCCAUCGGCGGCACGAGUUCUUCUGCCCAGGAAACAGGUUCUUGCCAGGUCCAGUGCCCGUUCCCGGCCAACCGUUCGAUCCCGGCCAGCUACUCGUGCCAGGCCAACUGUUCGUAUCAGGCGGAACUGACCUCAGAGUCCGAGUCUGA